AUGUUUUUUUCUGUCGGAUCCGUUAGUGGUACCGUGACCCGAAAUACCAUCGGAUUUUAUAGGCUGGUUGGAUUCGAUAUAAGAUUCAUUCACCUGGGUUCAUCUUUUCCUAUAAUUAUUGCUGAUUUUGCUUCAUCUCAUGGUAUAAAUUCAAUAUAUGCAAUAAAAACAGUUAUGGAUUCUAUUCAACGAUCUAAAACAACUGAAAAUUCAUUUUUGGUUAUCCAUAAUGAUUUACCAGCAAAUAAUUUGACAAGUCUAUUUGAUAUUCUAAAUCAAGACAGCAUUUAUUUUGGUUCAUCUAAUGAUAGUUCUUUUUAUGAACAAUGUCUUCCAUCAAAUUUCCUAACUAUUGACGAAGAACUAGCUGCAUUUAAAACUCAAGCACAAUAUGAUUAUGCUCAAUUUUUAGAACAUCGUUCUUGUGAAUUGAUAAAAGGUAGUGCUCUUAUUCUUCCUAUUCUUGCUGUUGACGAGGAAGGGAAAAUGCCGUGUGGUUAUGCAUGUUAUUAUCUUUGUGAAUGUGUUAAAUUACUUUAA